AUGGCUUCUCCGAGCAGACCUAGUUGCGCCUUGGGUGCUACAAGGGUGCUCGUUUUACCAAUAUAUCCUAAAAAGAUGCUAGGGGGCACCCCAGGAACGCCAGGAACGCUACUUUUAGAGGGUCAGCCUACGGGAAUAUUUCCGGUCCCCUCUAGACUAGGCCUGAAUACGAAUGCAUCCCCGCGGAAGAGGACGGACGGACAAGAAAUGUUUCGUUUCGAGUCUGUAAGAGAGGGGGGAAAUAGACUAAAGAAACACCGCCGCGUAGCGGCAACAAAUCACAUGUUUGAGGACUAA